CGCCUUUGAACUUGGAAGAGAAAAAGAAAACAAAAUUCACGACAUUGCGUGCAAAAUCCUUUUAAGAGAAAAACGAUGAAAUUGGGGGUUUAGGGUUGUUCGUCAUCCUCAGAAAAUGGGAUGCCUUGCAAAGGCGUAUUGUCACCGGAUGCACCACAACAUCCCGUUUCACCAUUACAGACCUUCAAACAUUCAGAACCCUGUAUCUCUGUUCGCCAUCACAUCUCCAUGGAUUUCAGGCACAGACCCAUUCCCUCAGAAGUCUAAUCAUAAAAAUGCCCAAUUGGGCGGCCACUUCAUCAUCCCCACCGUCGCAGCCGCUGCCUCCGCCUGGCUCUUCCUGCGUCUCCACCAAAACCCUCCGAUCAUCACCGCUCCUCCCAUAGAUUUGCAGCAGCUCGAAUUGGAGGAAGAAGGUGCAGUCAAAGAGCUCCCUUUGCAGCACAAGCCGGGUAAUGUAAAAUCCCUUCACUUUUACAAAACCAAGGCAGGCACGGUCUUGAAACUCAUAGACGUGUACGACUCGGAUGACUACGAAUCGUUGAAAGCCCGGAUCCGUUUGUCGGCCGGGUGGCUGGAAAGGGCGAGGAGGGAGUUGGAGGAGGUGGUGGAGAGAGACCCGGGUCGGGUCAUGGAGUAUUCGCAGGUGGUUGAUGAGCUCAUGGAUAUUCUGAGGGAUAUGGAGGUUUAUAUUGAUAAAUGCCACAAGGACAGGGUAAAAGGUUACCUGAGAUCCUGCAACCGCUUGCUUGCUCGUGUCAGGAGAAUGGAAGCUCAGAUUCUUAUUGUCCUCAAAGAGUUUCACGACCAGGAUGAACAUUGAACAACUAGCUAUGGAGAGGAAAGGAGCUCAAUGUGUUUUUUUGUUUUUUUUUUUUGUUCAGGCAUGUUGAUUAGGUCCGUAGGAUUUGGUAAAUAUAGGUCAACUCUCAAGUUUUGUGUGUCUGUAAGAAACAACUAGUUACAACCUGCUGAAUUGGAUGUUUCUGAACUUUGCUGAUAUGCAUUUGCUCACCGUGAA